AUAAGGUGUAAAUAGGAAGCGGUGUGUGAGCCUACACAUGGUCUAUAAAAAUAAGCCUUAGAUGUGGGGCUGGAGUGUCCAAGUGUGUCCCCUGCGCAGCAGUCCAGUAUUGACAACGGCACACCUUCAUCGAUUCUGAGCGGCAGUUUCAGUAGACAGGCGGCAGUCUUCAUGCUGACCGAAGGCGAACAGGAUUACUCUCAUUUUAACCAGGACCAGACUGGGGGCAGCUACGGCGGUGUGCAGUUUAAAGUGAUGGACUACACGUACGAUGAGGACUUGGAGGAGCUGUGUCCUGUCUGCGGCGAUAAGGUGUCCGGUUAUCACUACGGGCUUCUGACUUGUGAAAGCUGCAAGGGGUUCUUCAAAAGGACAGUACAGAACAAUAAACGUUACACGUGCACAGAAAAUCAGAACUGCAAAAUUGACAAAACCCAAAGAAAAAGAUGUCCUUUCUGUCGGUUUCAGAAAUGCCUCACAGUUGGAAUGAGGUUGGAAGCUGUUCGGGCAGAUCGCAUGAGAGGAGGAAGAAACAAAUUUGGGCCGAUGUACAAGCGAGACCGAGCUCUGAAGCAACAGAAGAAAGCCUUAAUACGCGCCAACGGCUUCAAGAUAGAGACGACGCCCCCCAUGGUGUCCCCACCUCAGACUGACUAUAGUCUUUCAAGUAGCAUCCAUGGGAUUCAUCCUGUAUCCAAAAGCAUGCCGCUGUCCACCCCGACCUCCAUGACCCCCACAGACUAUGACCGCAGUCCUUAUGGGACGCCCUCUCUUGGCAUGAGCAUGCAGAACCACGGGCCUCUGCCAGCCUACCAGUACACAUCCUUCUCAAGCCGGGCGAUCAAAUCCGAGUACCCAGACCAUUACACAAGCUCCCCCGACUCGCUCACCGGCUACCCCUACCCAGACACCUACCAGACCAGCUCACCCACAAACGUCCCUCAGCUCAUUUUGGAAUUUCUACGGUGUGACCCUGACGAGCUUCAGGUCCAGAGCAAAAUCCUCAACUACCUGCAGCAGGAGCAGGCCAGCCGCAGCAAGCAUGAGAAACUCAAUACGUUUGGCAUUAUGUGCAGAAUGGCCGACCAGACUCUAUUUUCAAUUGUGGAGUGGGCAAGAAGCUGCGUCUUCUUCAAAGAGCUCAAGGUAGGAGAUCAAAUGAAACUUCUUCAUAACUGCUGGAGUGAGCUGCUGGUGUUGGACCACAUUUACCGACAAGUGCUGCACGGCAAAGACAACAGUCUGCUUCUUGUGACGGGUCAAGAGAUUGAACUCUCCACCGUGGAGACUCAAGCCGGAGCGACGCUCAACAGCCUGGUACUGCGAGCUCAGGAGCUGGUUAGGAAGUUGCAGUCCCUGCAGGUCGACAGGAGGGAGGUCGCCUGCUUCAAAUUCCUCAUCCUGUUCAAUUCCGAUGUGAAACUUUUAGAAAACCACCAUCUAGUGGAAAGCGUCCAAGAACAAGUCAACGCCGCUCUCCAUGAGUACACCAUGUGCAACUACCCUCAGUUUGUGGACAAAUUUGGGCAGCUGCUACUUCGUUUACCUGAGAUUCGAGCUCUGAGCGCCCAGGCAGAAGAAUACCUGUAUUACAAACACCUGAGCGGAGAGGUGCCCUACAACAACCUGCUCCUGGAGAUGCUUCACGCCAAAAGGGCCUGAAAUGGAAGGACGAUGAAGAAGUCAUCAGAAAUUGAAACAGAGAUGGGCUUAACCCCACAGUAAAGCGAACAAUUAAAUCAGACGGACAGAGAGAGAGGUGGGCAGCAAGCACUCUAGAGCAGGACAAGCAACAGGUCAACAUCUGGGAGGAAACCAUUUAACAGCUGGAAACACCAGCGCGAAAGAUAUUGGAUCAUCGGCAAGCUUCGGUGGAACUUCCCCUAGCUGGAUAAGCAAUCAAUAUCCCUAUGUAAUAUAUAAGUCUGUAUAUAUCUAUUGCAUAGCUCCAUAUUUAUACAUAGAUACAGUACAUGCACUGUGUAUCUACACUUCUACAUAAAUAUAUAUUUAAAUACCCCAUAUAUAUAUAUACAGUAUAUAUAUAUAUAGAGAGAGAGAGAGAGAGUAACAAAAAAGAUCAUAAAGGUUUGGGGCACCGUCCAGUGAUCUCCGUCUAAUUGAAAACAAAACAAUGAAACUAUUUACUGAAAAUCAGACGUGACUUCUAAGCUAGACUGACUCCAUGAUGGCGGCAGCCC